AUGCCACCAUCAUUUACGGCAACGAAAGUCAGCUGUGAGAUCCUCCACGACAAGCUCCGCCACGAGAAACCCACAACUCCGACAAUGAGACCCCUUCUCCGGUUGCAGUUUCAGGCACGCAGCCGCUCCUCCGCAAGAUCGAAUCCGCGCUCAGCCCAGACAACACUCCAAUUCGACCACCGCUCCUGCACGAAUUCCUUUUUGCCUCCCGAUGAAGCUCCAUACCAGAUGCAGUUCAGUCGGCCAAGCUCCCAUCACAUCGACGACACCGAAAUCGGAACCCACCCCGUCAACACUCAACUCACGCUGCAGAUCCGCUUGCCGACCACCACCUCGCUAAUCCGGCCGCGACCUUCAGUAUCAACAGGGUUGAAGAACAAUAAAGGAAAAGAAUAUGAAACCGAAUCGAAACCGAUAACAACCACUGAAAUAGAGCUCUAG